AUUUGCAGAUGUUGAAUGUGAUCAGGAGAUGUGCCUUAGAUGGUUUCUACUCGUGCAGAACAUGUCAAAAGUUUCAGUUCCAGCCCAACAGGUUUUACACGUCGAAAAAUAUCCUAAAACUGGAGGAGAGGGGCCUAUGGGCUGAUCGGUUUCCUGAGUCGAACACAAACAAGUUGAUUGAAGAGUUACUAGAACAUCCGCAUACCGUGUACAGUGGCUUUGACCCCACUGCAGACUCACUACACGUCGGAAACUUGUUAGUGGUGGUGUCGUUACUUCACUGUCAACGAGCAGGACAUAACGUAAUUGCUCUCGUAGGCGGGGCAACAGCGCAGGUCGGAGACCCCAGUGGGAGGAGUAAAGAGAGACCGCUGCUGGAGCCGAAGGUGAUCGAGAGCAACUCCAAAGGCAUUGCCGAAAACCUUCAGAGAAUAUUCAAGAAUCAUCAGCAGGUGUUUUGGGAGAGAGGAAGUGAAGAAAAUUUGGCACCUCUCAGAAUUGUGAAUAACUAUGACUGGUACAAGAAGCUGAAUGUCGUGGACUUCCUGAGAGUGGCGGGUCGCAGCUUCCGUAUGGGCACGAUGCUCUCCCGCUCCAGUGUGCAGUCGCGGCUCAACUCGGAAGACGGAAUGAGCUUGACGGAAUUUACCUAUCAGGCCCUGCAAGCGUAUGAUUGGCUUCACCUGUACGAUAAAUAUAAUUGUACGAUUCAGAGGAUGCACGGCGAAUCAUAAGUGCUGGUGGUUUUUACGUCAACCUGAGUCGCAUCACCAAUCCAGACCUUAUACUUAUCCCAGGAGUGCAUAUUCUGCCGAAUGGAAUUACAAUUGCAAGAGUUGGAAAGAAGAAUUACUACCUUAUCAAGUGGAAUUGAUAGGAUUCAUAAGAAUGCUUGUAGAAAAAAAUUUAUGAUGUAUAAAAUGAAAUUUAGUCAUCAAAGAUGUCUUUAUUUCUAUUUCUUUGUUUUUAUAAAACACAGACUAAUGAAAAAAAAAAAAAAAAGCUGCUUCCUAUUAACCCAAUAAGGGCAGGAAAAUCCAGGGCUUUGUGUGUGUGGGGGGGGGGGGGGGGAAGGAGCUGAAAUGAGAUGAAAAUCGGUUCGGAAGAAAUGGAAAAUUUAGUUGGUAAAAGGUAAAAUAAUUUCUGCCAACUAUUAUCUUCUAAACCUUACAGACAUACAUGGAUACAACAGUGCCAUGUAGUGUGUGUCCACAGGAUGGAAACAUAUGGGAGAACUCUAAAAACCAUAAUAAACAAAUAAAAAAAAAAAAAAAAAUUGCUCAAAUAACUUUUUCCAAUUUUCGCCCUGGAUAAAGAUCAUGCCUAAUUGCAAAAAUUUCUGUACAUCGUCCUUUUAGGGUUGAUACACGAUAUUUCUAAAAAUGAAACUUUUUAACUCGUUGCCUAUAGGAGAUUAUAAACAUAAUAUAGAGAACAAUUGAAUUAAUUGUUAGGUUCAUUAGACAAAGCUUCUGGCAAGGGAACGGAGAAGAUGGAAGGUGUCUGUUUGUUUAUAUUCAAUGUAUACAGUGUGAUAUACCUUUGUGUGUGUGUGUGUGUGUGUGUGUGUGUGUGUGUGUGUGUGUGUGUGUGUGUGUGUGUGUGUGUGUGUGUGUGUAUGUGUGUGUGUGUGUGUGAAAAGAAAAUUUGUGAAACCUGUUGAAGACUUGUAUUUCUAUCUAUGCUCUUGACUUAACCCUCUUGUGUACAUGGUGCAGGUGUCUGCAUUGUCUAUGGAGACAUGCACCUGCAAAAAAAAAAAAAAAAAAAA